UGACGUUUAUAUGCCGCUGAGAGCCGUAUUGUACAGCCAUGUUUUGUAGCGCUCACCUCAUCCAACACGUUUAACUUUAUAACGUGUGUUUCGGCUUUUUUUUCAGGCAGUACUGAUUACUCCGGGAACCGUAGGAGAAAAGGCGGAAAAUCAUAAGAAGGAAACUACUGUUUUUUUGGGAAAAUGGUGCUGCUGAGAACACUUAGUCUUGUAAUUGGGGGGCUGUGUUACUGUCUACAAGCUUGUGCAGGAUCAAACCCAGCUGACCAGCAGGUGAAUAGGCUGGUGGGGGGCAAUGCCACUUUAACUAUUGAUAACCUACAGCUAGGUGAAGAUUUAAUCUGGUGUUAUAAUGGCACCAUCAUUGCCAUGCUACUUCAAAAUGGGAGUUCUAAAGAAUACUAUCCAGCAAAAUAUGAGCUUGACAGCAAAACUGGCUCCCUUACGAUUAUUCAUCCACAGAAAAAUGAUAGCGGAGACUAUGAAGCAGAAAUACCAAAGAGACGAACAAAAAAGAACCAUCACUUAGGUGUUUGCGAUGUGUCAGUGCCCUGUGUUCCGAUCAGAUCGGGCUAUGGUACCGUCACAAUAUUGUAUUAUGUGGAGAACGACAGCAAUGGGACUCAAACCACCUCAGUCAAUGGAACAGCACUGGAGCUACUGCAGGAAAUAGCAGAGGAUAAUGCUACCUUCACCAGCAUUGACCUAAAUAAAGAGGAUAACUUCAUAACCAAGAACCCCUAUUUCAUUCCUGUGAUCGUGGUAGUCGUGGCAGUCAUGGUAGUCGUGGCAGUGUAUCACAAGAAAGUGAUGCGUGCUUUCAGUAAAUGUUUUGAGCGGUCCAGAAACAUGGAAGAUGCAGAGGCUGGACAAGGAAUUCCCUUGCAAGCUUUGACAGGAUCUGAAUCGCCAGACCCUUUGUCAGUAAAUGCAGGGGUGGUCCAAAGAGAUCCACCCAGCCAGCUCCCAGAAUGCACCGUGCUGAUACAGGAAGGAAAUCACCAAGUGGAUGGAAGAAAUUGAAGGAUGUGUCAAGCUACUGGGGGGACUGGGUGGCGCAGACAGACAGUGGGUUUAAGUCACUUGCUAAGGAAGUGAGUUUUGUUGGUUAGUGUUCUCGUCUACUGAGCCAGCUGUAAAACCCAUGCUGCUAAAACAAAAACACUCAAUUUAGAGCUCAGGGUUUUGCAAUUUUACACUAAAAACCUCAAUAUCUGGUCAUUCCUGAAACACGUAGCAAUAAACUGUACUAUUUUAGACUUUAGCGGACCGAUUUAGCUUUUAUGAACUUGUAUUAAUUGUCUUGUAUUAUAUUUAUGAUGCUAACUACACACAAGGGAAGUUACACAUCUCUUAAGAACAAUUUUUAAAAAGCAUCAUCCAGCUCGUUUUUAUUGACCAUGUUUUAUGGUAGGUGUUUUUACUUUUUGUCAAACCUUGUAUUAAGUCUGUUUACAGGCAACACAACAUCUUCCAACAUGUAUUAUUUGUUUAUUUAGCAGACGCCUUUAUCCAAGGCAACUUAGAGAUGCAAAACCAAAACGUGCAUUCAAUAUCUAUCGCUGUUGUCAACGUUGGCUGUUUGUUCUUGAAAAUGCCAAACCCUAUUGCAGCAUUAUAACCAACAUAAAUCUUUUCACUAUUGGCCAACAUUAAGCUGAAUAGAGUGUUGUUUCACUUAAUUUAUAUAAAGAUACCUACGUAGUCCAAAAAAAAAAAAAAAAAUGCAAUUGGUAUUUAUUUGUUGCAAAACUAAAAUCAAACAGUUUCUGCCAUAACUAUUAACAAAUAACUAUUUGAUAACAAAUAACUUGCUGAAGAAAUGUAGCUACUAGGUGUUUGGCUAAACUACUUUGUUUUUUUAUAUAGGAAUGAAAUGUUACUUGCAGGUAUUUAUCAGGGAAUUAAGCCAAGCACUUUUACAUUGCCAAUUUUACAUUGACCACUUUACCUCCUGCCUGGCCACAGUACAAACUGCAAUAUUCAGUGGCAACAAGGGCUUUAAAAUCCAUUUUCUACUUCAAUACACUUGCUGCUGUUUCCUGGUACAAAAUCAUUCCCUUGUCAUGGUACAGUGUAUAAUAACAUACAGCAGCAGGUAGGAGAGCAAAUUAGCAGCUUGACCAUCUUCUAAAUAUAAAGCUAAGAACCAAAUGAAACCUCAAGACCAGUAAUAAUAAUACUGCUUGUACUCUAAAGAAAAU